CAGCCUUUGGGGCAGCAGGACUUCUACACCAGCAGUGCGCAGCCCUAUAAGACUGCUACAGCAAUGGUAGCCAACGCAUGCUCCCUUGGAAAUCUGCAGUCACAGCGCCAUGCUAUGUACUUCCUACAGGAGUGGAGAAGAACAGGAUGUCCUGUGUCAGGC